UUAUAUGAGCUGUAACUCAGUUAAAAAUCGUUGAAAUUGUUGCAUGUUGCAAAAGUGAGAGUGUGAGCGAAUUAAACAAGAUUGGUGUUUAUAAAAGGCAUUAUUGUCAGGUAUUAAGAGGGAAUCCCAAUGGAGGUGUGUGGGCUGAAGACAGGGACUGUCCUGCUCUGCACUGGGUCAGUGGAGUGGUUUGUUUUCUGGUUUCUAGGGGAGGAGCGGAUAGGAUUUCCCCAGUUCUUCCCCCCACUUUUAGGUCUAGUUGGCAUAACUGAUCAUUUCCGCAUUCCCAAAUCCUCCCAGAUAGCGCUCACUAUUUAAACGGGCAGAUGCAACGAUUUCCACUUUUUAAAAUCUACUCUCGACCUUCAGCUGACCAGAAGAAAGGACAACUGUUGCACUCGAAAUCAAAGUCAGCUGUGGUCACAGCCGUGUCUGACAUGAUGCCGGGACCAAUCCCAGAUCCCUUGGUGACAGCAGGCUCCCUGCCCAGCCUGGGUGUCCUGGCAGGGAUCCCCUCCACCACGCUGACUGACCAGCUCAACUACGCCGACCUCCGGGAACUGGGGGCCAUGUUCUCUCCACUGCACUUCCUGGGCAAGCUAGGGAAGAGGCCCCUAACCAUCAAAACAGAGAGAGAUGAGGAAGAGGACAGGAGGAAACGAAGGAGAGAGAAAAACAAAGUAGCAGCAGCACGCUGUAGAAACAAAAAGAAGGAGAGGACAGACUAUCUACAAAGGGAAUCAGAAAGACUAGAGGUGAUGAACUCUGACCUCAAAGCCCAGAUUGAGGAGCUGAAGCAUGAGCGGCAGCAGCUGAUCAUCAUGUUGAAUCACCACCGUCCAACGUGCAUCGUCAGAACAGACAGCGUCAAGACCCCUGAGAGUGAAGCCAAUCCCCUGCUGGAGCACCUGGACGGAAAGUGAUGUCACAGGGCUCAGAGCAGCGUGGUGUCACAGUUCCAGUUUACAGUGAAGCUCCACUCUAGCCAGCUAGCAGCACUUCACUACCUCUGGGCUCUUGGCUUAGAGGAGAACCAGCUAAGCACUCCUGCCUGGAGCCAGAGAGCCUUUAAACACAAAGGUGACCCAAUGUGAUUGGACUUUGUGCUGGCAGUUAAAUGCAUUUUUUAGAUUUUUUGUUUUGUUAUUGUUGGUGUUAUUAAGGGCCCCAUAGCCCCAGCCACUAUCAUUAUAAAUACAUGGAAUUUAAUAAAUGGCUCAAUGCAGCUUGGUGAGCAAUACUCCACCGCUCCAAGGCAACAUGGCAGAUCUCUCAGGCCCCUAGGCACAGUCAGAGCUUGUGCUGUGUUUUUUGUUUAUACUAAUGUGUACUGGUUAAGAUGAACACGUAUGGUUUUUGAAUAUUAUUUUUUCUUUGUAUUAUGCCUUCGAUGGCAGACCGGUUGAACCGUUUUCUUUUAUUUGGCGCAGGCGUCAUAUAUGCACAUAGCCUACAGUAUAUAUUGACUUUUUACAUUGUAGUUGGUCUGUUACUUUCAAAUAUGGUUCUGAUUUGUAUACUUACUGUACAAUAUAUGUAUUAUAUAGACAUACUGAACAGAAAUAUAAACGUAACAUGCAACAAUUUCAAAGAUUUUACUGUGUUACAGUUCAU